AUGGCAGCGGCGUUUACUUUGACAGCAAUAGAAGAAGGAAACAAUGUGUACGUUUAUGUGAACCGUCUCGGGCUCUGCAUAAUGUCAGGAAUCAAGCAUCCAUCCGUCAGGGCGGUGCGGAUCAACGAUUGCUUCGGCUGGUCCAAGUACGGCGUGACGGUGCCUCGAGACCUGAUCCGCGCGUCCUCCGCCGCGUGGAACAGGCUCGACAUGUUCAACGGAGAAACCGUGAUGGACGUCGGAGGAAUGGUGAAAGAGGCGGAGGAAGCCGAGGAGCUGCGGCGGAGCCUGGAGGAGGAGAGGGUGGAGCUGAUGGUAUGCAAGAUGAGACUGGCAUUGAUGGAGAAGAGCGAGUCGCUUUGGAGCAAGCUGGUGGAAGAGAAGGACAAGAAGGUGGAGACGUUGGAGAGUCAACUUCAAGGUUUCAAGGCUGCCUUACGUGAGUUGGUCGACCAUCGUAAGGACGGCCAGCAGCUCGGAGACACUACUGUUUAA